AUGGUUUGUACCAGAAACAAUUGUUGUGUAGAGCAUGGCUAUUGCAGUUAUUUUCCUGAAAGAAGGGAGGCAGUCGAUUCUAACCCAUUUGUAGGCAAGUCUCAGAAGAAAAUCAGUAAGAAGGGAAAGGGAAAGAAGGUGAUUGAUACCAUGGCUAAGAAGGAGUGGUACGAUGUGCGUGCCCCUAACCAGUUCCUGGUGCGUGAUGUGUGCAAGACGCUCGUGUCUCGUACUUCGGGAUUGAAAAUCGCCUCUGAGGGUCUGAAGGGACGUAUUUUCGAGGCCAAUCUGGGUGAUCUGAGCAAGAACGAGGAGCAGGGUUACCGCAAGAUCAAGCUGCGAGUGGAGGACGUGCAGGGAGAUAAGUGCAUCACCCUCUUCUACGGAAUGGACAUCACCCGCGACAAGCUGGGUUCUCUGAUCAAGAAGUGGAAGACUCUGAUCGAGUGCAACGUGGAGGUGUCUACCACCGACGGUUACAAGCUGCGUCUGUUCUGCAUCGCGUUCACCCGCAAGCAGGACAACCAGAACAAGAAGACUUGCUACGCGCAGGCCUCUCAGAUCCACCGCAUUCGUGCGAAGAUGGUGGAGAUCAUCACGGACGAGGUGUCGAAGUGCGAUCUUGCGACGCUGGUUCCGAAGCUGUGCAUGGAGUCGAUCGGUGCUCGCAUUCAGAAGGAGUGCAACAAGAUCUAUCCUCUGGAGAACACGCUGAUCCGCAAGGUGAAGAUGAUCAAGUCGCCCAAGAUCGAUACGGUGAAGCUGAUGGAGCAGCACGCCGAUGUCGUGAAGAAGGAGGAAGAGGGCGUGAAGGUGGAGGAGACUGUGGCUCCCAUGGCUGGAUCGGGAGGUCGUCUGUAAGCUUCUCUCUCUCUGGACGCACACAACAAUUUCG